AUGAGUCGGAGCAAGGAUACGGCGGUGCACGCACACACGCCGAGCGGCUUCAGCCGCAUCCCACUCUCGGCGACGGUCUCCCCUGCCGAGCGAGGUGGACCAGUCACACAUCCGUGUAGACGCCGCCUGCUGGGAGCCCCUGUCGGGCUUACCGACCGCGGCGCGGCAGGCAGCGUCCCCUGUGCCGCACGGGAAGUUCUCACUAGCUGCCCACUCUCUCCGCGUGUCAGCGGGGCACACGUGUCAAUCCCGAGCUCCGGGCUCCUGCCGCAGCCUCUUCUCCCUCGGCAUCCGUCACCCGCGGAUUUCUUUCGGUGGCCGGCCCUCGCCUGCAGCCAUAACGGGAAAGGGAUUUGGGAGCAGAGCUCCAGCUCAGCUGAAUAG